CACACUCAGCGAGUGCGCCAAUUAUGAGGAAACCACACGUGGGGUCACGAUUUCGAUCGCCGUCACGCAAUUGCGAGCCUUGAAAAGCAGAAGGGUUCAAGGUUCUUGCCCUGUACGACAGGUGCCCACUACUCCGUACUGAGCAUAGUAUUUCCUUGUAUCCAGGCACAUACAUACAAUACACCAUGUCUUUACCUUACUACGGACUACGUACUAGAGCAACUUGGCCUGUCUUGGCUCCCUGGGUCGUAUUUUCCCUCCAAUUUUCCUCGUGUCUGGAGUGAUACCGACUCAAUCCCUGUCCAGACAGUCCUUGGUCAGGAAUGGUUGUUCUGACGCUAGAAUAGGAACAACGUUGUCUGUGUUUCUCGUCACUAGCUGUGGUAUUAUUAUGUCACCGGAAUAAUGCCCUCGACUCGCUUCUUCCGGACGCGUCAGUCAGUGAAAUCGAUCAUUGCAGCCGCUGUGUUUCUCACUGCGGGCAUCGUUUUUCUUCUCUCGAAAUCCCACCACUUUGCAGAGCCCAUCAACGGUGUCCCACUCACUUCCCUGGAGGGGAUUGCCCCCGAGAAUGAGAACGAUGGAACCGAGUCUGGCGAUUGCUACGUGGACCUCGAUCUUCUGAAGUCCUACGGAUACAAAGAUUCGGCACAAUAUGAGCGCUGGGAGAUCGCGGUACGAAGGUCAGCUGCGUUUACGGGCUUCUCCGACAAAUUGAACGUACCCGUCCCAACCUUUCAGAAAAUCUCGUUAAACACGGAUAAGCAUCGGAUGUUUCUUUCGCAGGCGCGAUGCAGUCCCACCGUCACAAUCGAAGCCCCCAUCCCAAGGGCACGCGCGGACGCAUCGCAUAUGGCUUUCGGGGUUUCUACGUCCCUGGAACGACUGAGUGAGUCGUUGGAGCCGUUUGCCCACUGGGCUGGCGGCACAGGUGCUCGAAUCUUUGCCAUGGUCGAUGUGGUACCCAAGAAGGAAAAGGCCAAGGUUCUCAGUCGGGCACAGGAGCUGAACAUUAAGCUGACCAUCAUCGAGUCAAGGGAAGAAUGGCUGGACCGAUACUUCCGCUUGACCAAAGUCCUCUGGGAUAAUCGCGAUGCGCAUACGCAAUGGGCAGUUAUCAUCGAUGACGAUACGUUCUUCCCGUCGAUGUCGAACCUAGUCGAACGGCUUGCUACCUAUGAUGCUACGAAACCCUAUUACAUAGGCGCGCCGACCGAGAACUGGGGACAAAUGAAUAUCUUUUCAUACAUGGCGUAUGGCGGUGCGGGGAUAUUUCUCUCUAUCCCCUUGCUUCAACAGAUGAACGACGUCUACGAUGAAUGUUAUGCGUUCAAGGACCAUGGAGAUAAACGGAUUUCCCAGUGUAUCUAUCAACAUACUACGACCAAGCUCACCUGGGAUCGAGGACUUUUCCAGGUGGACUUUGGCGGCGACGUGACGGGCUUUUUCGAGUCUGGCCGACCCUUGCCACUUUCUAUACACCACUGGAAAUCGUGGUACGACCUGGACGUGGUUGCCCUCAGCAGAGCGGCCGACAUCUGCGGCGAUGACUGUCAGCUUCGGCGCUGGCGCAUAUCAGAUAAAUGGUACUUUGUCAAUGGGUUCUCUUUGGUUCAAUAUUCAUCGUCGAUGAAUGACAUGACCGGUAUGGAACAGACGUGGGAUCCUAGUGAUUGGGCCCGUGAACAAGGCUACGCGUUCAGUUUGGGACCGUUGCGGCCGAAGGACGAAGGGAAGAAAUCGUAUCGGAUGAAGAGCGCAAUUUUAGAGGAUGGGCGACUUCGACAGGUAUAUGUCUACGAGCCCGAGGAACCUAGCCCUCCCCAGAUUUUAGAGGUUGUCUGGACCGUCAUGAAUUAGAAGUAUAUAUUACUCUGCUGUAUAUUGAUUGGAACUUGGAAACCGCAGAGAACAGAAAGAGUCUUCACCUUCCUUGUUUUACGUAUAUUUGUGUCGACGAUCGGAUUGUUGCGGAUGAUCUUUAUUUUUGAUACUUUAUUUUAUUUAUCUUUCUUUCCCUGGCUUCGUUUCCAAGGGUUGAAUCUUGGUUCCUUAUGGUACCCAGAGAAAGAUCAACCCAUCACCAUAUUUACAUAGAUGAUAGAUCCAGCUCCGGGAUGGAUUCUUUUGAAAUGUUACAGACUUACAGUACACUGCGUGACAUGUGUGGGUCCCUGUUGCAAUUC